UUACCGAAGAUUGUCUUCCUCCACCUUCAUUUGAGUCGAGUAUUUCCAACGUAUUUAUUUUAUUUUAUUUAUAGAAUUUAUCAAAAGCUUUAUUUACAUAUAUAAAUAGAGAGAGCAAGGCAGCUGCCAGUGAUUAUCAGCACCAAUGACAGAAGCAAAUAACAGAGGCAAAUCCCAGAAGGGUGUGGUUGAUGAAACAGAGAAGAUGACAACAUUCCAGGAUGGAGAGACUGAGAAAGGCAAGCAUCUUGAUUCUGGGUCGGAGAGGCGUCAAUGGAAGCCAGUUUUUGAUGAAGCUUCCAUCUCUCAAAGACCUCUCAAGAAGAUUUGUAGCCCUGAACGUCAUCACCCUCUUCCAUCCUCUGCUUCUUUGGCUCAUCACUCUUCACCCUCUUCUUCUUCUUCUUCUUCUUCUUCUUCUUCUUCUUCUUCUUCUUCUUCUUCUUUGCCAUCUUCCAGACUGGUUUUUCCUUUUGCUUUUGAUGCAUCUCAGCCGCCGAUUUUCUUUCCUCGACAAUAUGGAAAUACUCAGCAACAGCAGCAGCAACAUGGUUUAAUCUAUAGGCCAUUGUAUGCUGCAGAAACAUCCCUAUCACCUCAACAACAGCAGCAACAACAACAACUUCUUCAGCACUGGAGUGAUGCACUGAAUUUGAGUCCCAGAGGGAGGAUGAUGACGACGACGACAAGAUUGGGGCAGGAUGGUGGACAAAUGUUUCGGCCUCCACUGCAGCCUGUCCACACUACCAAGCUUUAUCGUGGCGUGAGGCAGAGGCAUUGGGGCAAAUGGGUAGCUGAAAUUCGUCUUCCUCGUAACAGGACUCGCCUUUGGCUUGGCACAUUUGAUACAGCUGAAGAUGCAGCUUUAGCCUAUGAUCGCGAAGCAUUCAAGUUGAGAGGUGAGAAUGCAAGGCUCAAUUUCCCCGAGCUUUUCCUCAACAAAGAUAAAGAUACGUCCUCCCCGACCCCAACUUCGACAGUUUCCUCUCCGCAAACUCCCCAUGAAAGUUCAAAGCAAGAACAGGGACCAAAACUGGAAAUAAACCCACCACCACCAGCACAGCCUCAGGGAGAUAAUCCAGACAGUGAUGAGAUGCAUAUAACAGCUGCAGAGGGUAGUUCUGGAGCAGGGGAAGGCGUCUCUGGUUCUCAGGAAUUGGUGUGGGGUGAUAUGGCAGAGGCUUGGUUCAAUACAAUUCCAGCAGGUUGGGGUCCUGCUAGUCCAGUGUGGGAUGAUUUAGAUGCCACAAACAAUCUUCUUUUUCCCUCCAAUCUUCCUUUCACCAAUCAAAACCAGCAAGAAUUGAAUGAUUCUGAUCACCAAAAACAACAUGUCUCUGCUUCAGCUUCUUCUCCAAUGAAACCCUUCUUUUGGAAGGAUCAAUAGAGUCUAGACCCUGACAUAUUUUUCACAAAUCCAACUAGCGGUUCCUUGAAUGGCAUUAUUUCUUAAUUCUUAUCAUUUAGGCUUUGAAACAUCCAUUCCCAGAGAUUUGUUAUUCACUUCCAUCACACCUGCAAAAAGGUUGCGUAUUUUUCAUGCCUUUUAGCAGCUUGUUGUUGUUGCACUAAGCUUUCUGGUCCUAGUUGUAUCCAGUAUAUCAACCUAGAUAGUGUGAUUAGCAACCUUUUUAGCCGAUUAUGUUUGAUGUAAUGUUGCAGAUGUAGCUAUAGUCCAAUUUGAUUGCAGGAAAGAGUGGUUAUCUCUUUCUCUAUUCGUCUA